AUGGACUGCAACUUUAUCGGCUACGACAGGGUUUUAGAAAAAAUAAAAGUAUCAAGCUCUUCUAAGGAAAUUAAAUACAGAAUUAAAGAUUUACUUAUUUUAGAUGGCAUUAUAAAGGUAGGCAAAGAAUUAGACGAAACAGACAUCGUAACAUUUACACAUAAGAUUGACAUCAAAGAAAAUACACACUCCGAUCUAAAACAUUUGGAGGGAACAAGACAAGGUAAGAAAGUUUAUGAACUAAAACCAACUAAUAUCAGAUAUGACAACACCCGGAUGAUGCCAUAUGUUGAGAGCAACAGAUAUCAUGAUAAUAAUUACAGCCAUCAGUUUAGACAACCAUGGCAGACUCGACCAUAUUAUGGCAACAUAAGAUUCAACAACCAAAAUAACUAUCAUUUUCCAAGACUAAAUUAUGAUAGAUUUUGUGAUCAAAAUAGAUGGGAAACUUCUUAUAUUCCUUUCAAUAAUCACGACACAAGAGAUAACAAUAAUAAUAGAUUUAAUAUUAACAACAAAGGAUAUAAUAAUAAUUAUAAGCCUUUUAAUGAUUUCAAAAACUACAACAGAUUUGACAACACCAGACAACCGUUUCAAAAUUUUAGAGAUUAUAAUAGAUCUAAUGUGCAUCAACAAUUUUACGAUCGUGACAAUAAAAAUUACAAUCAUAAUCCUAGACACCAAGUACCUUAUUCAAAUAAAAUUAAUACAUUUGAUAUAGAAGAGAUCGAAGACGACAAAAUCAUAUCAAUCGAUAAGAAAGAUUAUAAUUUGUUAAAUAUUGAUAUAAAUAACAAAACGAAGUACUAA